CACCAAAUGGUUGCUACAAAUUUCAACGUUGAAACUCUCCUCCCCGCAAUAAUUGCAAUUGCCUAUUAUGCCUUUGUUUUCUUUUUUGCGGAAAUUACAAGAAAAAUUGUUGGGCUAAUUUUUAAAAAGUCUUCUCUAAUUUAUGUGUUACUUAUUGAAUUGAUUGGCACUGCCCAAAUGUGUACUUGUGUUUAUGAAAAUUCCGUAAUAGUAAAACAUUAUGGCUCUUCUGGUUUCUUCUUCGCAGUCUCAAUGCUUUUGCUUUCUGGAAAUUUGCUCAACCGAGGGGCCUAUGUCACUCCACUUCCUGUCAUUGAACAAUUCUUUACUGGAAGGAUGAGUUCAGAAAAGUUUUUGGCUCUAAUAUUUGCUCAAAGCGUCGGUGGAUAUUCGGCUUUUCGUCUAGCUAAUUCCCUUUGGUAUUAUUCUUUGUCUUAUUCAAUAGAUCAUCUUCAACUGUUUGAAAGACUUCCUUGUGCAAUUAAUUACAAAGUUCCAUUCAAUUAUGUAUUCAUUAACGAGUUAUUAUGUGCUUUUUUACUUCGCUUUUCUAUUCAAAGAAUGCCUCUAUUUGUAAAAACUCGGCUUAUUCCAUUUAUCAUUUCUGGAUUUUUAACUUUUUCACUUGUUUAUAUUGGCAUUCCUGGCUUGAAUCCUGUUGUGGCUUCUUCUCGUCUAAUGGGUUGUCCCGGAUUGGAUUUGCAAUGGUUUAUGAUAACUUACUGGUUAUGCCCUGUAAUCGGUUGGAUGAUGGCUGUAAAAUUGGAUAAAAUCAAAAUUGUAAAGAAGAAGCAGCACAAAAAGAAGGAGAAAUGA